AAGAACAAACACGCAGCGGCAUCGACGGCAUGGAUUCCACUAGAGAGUUUUGGAACUUUGGCGACCAGCUCCGGCGUGCAAACCUCGCCGGAAUCUCCAUCGGAGACAGCAUCUGGUCAGACUCAUACCUCGCUGAGGCGUCUCCGAUGAUCACCAGCCAGAAGCUCGCCUUCGCCAACAACAACACUGACAGGUAUAACAACAGGAACACAAGUGUUGGUGUUAUUGGUGUUGAUGGUACUGUGAAGGAUGGAUUCAAUGGAGAUAUCAAGAAUUUAUACAAUAAAGGGAGUGGAUUGAAGGGUGGAGCUAAGAAGAUCAACGGUGAUGGUAACAAUGGAGGCAAGAAGAAGAACAGCUACAACGACAAUGGUAGCGUCAGUGUGUUGGAGGGGAAAAGGUUUAAGACAUUGCCGCCAUGUGAGUCUCUUCCAAGGAAUGAAGCAGUGGGAGGGUAUAUAUUUGUUUGUAACAAUGAUACCAUGAUGGAGAAUCUAAAAAGGCAGCUCUUUGGGCUGCCUCCAAGGUACAAGGACUCUGUUAGGGCAAUCACACCAGGGUUGCCCCUUUUCCUCUACAAUUACUCUACUCAUCAGCUACAUGGAAUUUAUGAGGCUGCUAGUUUCGGUGGGACGAACAUUGAUCCCACAGCUUGGGAGGAUAAAAAAUGUCCUGGUGAAUCAAAGUUUCCGGCUCAGGUAAGGGUUGCAACAAGGAAGCUUUGUGCACCAUUGGAGGAGGAUUCUUUCCGGCCAGUCCUUCACCACUAUGACGGUCCGAAAUUCCGAUUAGAGCUCAGUGUUCCAGAGGCACUGGACCUCCUUGACAAAUUUGCUGAAAUGAAUGUUUGAAAAUUGAGUUCAUCUUUGAGGCUUGAGCCAUGAACUAACUGCAAAUGAAGAUAAGUAUAAAUAUAUGUGUGUGAAUUUAUUUUAUCUGGUGGUGAUGAGUAUUUUCUGGCAUUUUAUGUGUUCAUUAUCUAAAGAGAGCAUAUACAAAAGGAAGAGCAUUUAGAUGGGAUUACAACUUUGUAAGUGAACUUAUUUUUCUUCAUGUAUUUGUGGUGCUUGUGUAUCCACUGUGCUUGAUUGUAAGUGACAUUGUAUUGUGGAGAAUUCAUUUUGUUUAAUUUUAUUGAUGUUUCUUGUUUCUUUUCUUA